AUGAAGCAGACUCUAAUUGGCAGUGAGACCCCGGAGCCGACCCCUAACAGCACCAGGAUGAAUGCAUUCAACACAACCUGUUUCGUGGUCAGCGUCCUGGCCGUGCUCACCUGUGUGUGUGGGUUGGUCGGCAACAGCCUGGUCAUCUGCAUGAUCCGCAUGAAGAGGAGCCCCUUCUGCGUCUACGUCCUCAACCUGGCAGUGGCUGACCUCCUCUUCCUCCUCUGCAUGGCCUCUGUGAUAAGUCUAGAUAUCAUCUUCCUGGCCAGGAACACCAAGGUCUGUGAGGUGGUGAGGAGGGUGAAGUACUUUGCAUACACAGUGGACCUGAGCCUGCUGACAGCCAUCAGCACCCAACGCUGCCUCUCUGUCCUCUUCCCCAUAUGGUACAAGGUCCACAGGCCGCAACGCCUGUCCACUGUGGUGUGCACCCUGCUCUGGACUCUGUCCCUCCUGAUGAGCAUAGUGGCCUCUUACUUCUGCACCCACUUUAGGGGUUAUGACAAACAGCAAUGCUUCACUGUGGACGUCAUCGUGAACAUCUUCAUUUUUGGGACACUCACACCCAUGAUAUUGUCCAGCAUGGUCCUCUUCAUUAAGGUCCAGAGGAGUUCCCGGCAGUGGUGCCGGCAAUCCCCGAGGUUGCUCUUGGUCAUCCUGGCCUCUGUCCUCAUGUUCCUGGUUUGCUCCCUGCCCCUGGGCGUCUAUUCGUCCAUCCUCUACUGGGUAGACCUGCCUCAGCAGCUGAAGAUCCUGUAUGUCAGCAUAUCAUGCCUCUCCUCGUCCCUGGGCUGCAGUGCCAACCCCAUCAUCUACUUCCUGGUGGGCAGAUGGAGGAGACAGAGACUUCAGGAGCCCCUGGGGGCUGUGCUCAGCAGGGCACUGCAGGAGGAGCCCAUCAUAGUGGGCAAAGAGACACCCUCCACAGGUACCAACGAGGUGGGGCCUGAGAGCCAGGAUCCCACAGUUCCCGUCCACACGAACCCAGUCAUGGGAUUAGCAUGA